GGUCAUCCAAUGAAACCUCACCGUUUGGCUCUUACACACAGUCUGGUUCUCCACUAUGGUCUUUAUAAGAAGAUGAUUAUGUUUAAGCCCUACCAGGCUUCACAACAUGACAUGAGCCGCUUUCACUCAGAAGAUUAUAUAGACUUCCUGCAGAAGGUUAGCCCCAAUAACAUGCAGGGCUUCACCAAGAGCCUCAAUGCAUUCAACGUUGGUGAUAACUGCCCAGUUUUUCCUGGCCUGUUUGAAUUCUGUUCUCAUUAUACUGGAGCCUCUCUCCAAGGAGCAACACAGCUAAAUAGCAAGAUCUGUGAUAUUGCAAUUAACUGGGCUGGAGGACUGCACCAUGCCAAAAAAUUUGAGGCAUCUGGAUUUUGCUACGUUAACGACAUUGUUAUCUGCAUUCUGGAACUACUCAAAUAUCAUCCACGAGUUUUGUACGUAGAUAUUGAUAUACAUCAUGGAGAUGGGGUACAGGAAGCAUUCUAUCUUACUGAUCGAGUCAUGACAGUGUCUUUUCACAAAUAUGGAAACUAUUUUUUCCCUGGCACAGGUGACAUGUAUGAGGUUGGAGCUGAAAGUGGGAGAUAUUACUGUCUGAAUGUUCCUUUGAGAGAUGGAAUAGAUGAUCAAAGUUACAGACACCUUUUCCAGCCGGUCAUCAAACAAGUAAUAGACUUUUACCAGCCAACCUGUAUUGUUUUACAGUGUGGAGCAGACUCACUUGGCUGUGAUCAUCUGGGCUGCUUUAACUUGAGUAUAAGAGGACAUGGGGACUGUGUGCAAUACGUGAAAAGUUUUAAUUUUCCACUACUGGUCCUAUGGGGAGGAGGAUACACUGUGUGUAAUGUAGCACGAUGCUGGACUUAUGAAACCUCAUUACUGGUAGAUGAGACGAUCAGUGAAGAGCUCCCCUACAGUGAAUACUUUGAGUACUUCGCACCAGAUUUCACACUCCACCCAGAUGUUAGCACCAGGAUUGAAAACCAAAAUACGAGACAGUAUUUAGAUCAAAUCAGACAGACUAUUUUUGAAAAUUUGAAAAUGCUGAACCAUGCACCAAGUGUUCAGAUCCCUGAUGUUCCAUCAGAUCUUCUGAGUUAUGAACGCACAGAAGAGCCAGAUCCUGAAGAGAGAGGCUCAGAGGAAAACUACAGUAGGCCUGAAGCAUCAAAUGAGUUUUAUGAUGAAGAUCAUGACAAUGACAAAGAGAGUGAUGUUGAGAUUUGAGUGAAUGCACAUAAUUGGAUUUUAAAUAUUUGCAAUCAUAGUAGACUGACGCAUUGCUUUGCCAUAUUAUGGCUCCUAUUCAUACCUGUGAAGAGUUUGGAUCACAGUUGUUUGUUUAAUGGAUCCAAAUUUUGUUAUCCUGUGGAGUUUCAUAAGACCAUGUUAUCAAUGGAACAGGAUCAUGAUUACCUCUUCUGUCACAAUGUGAAAACUUGUAUCGGAACCAGGAGGCUAAGAGGGGUUGUAAUGCAUCUGCUCCAGU